CUGGGAACAACCGAAGCGUUUACAUCUUGAGCCCCAAAAGGAAAAUUGAAUUUAUCUUUGGCAGAUCUGUAAAAGAUCUGUUGGGGAGAAGAGAAGAGAGCGGAGUUUGGGACAGUUUGGGAAAGAUACCAUUAACAGGAGUACCUCCUUUCUUUUAGAAAUAUGACAGAAAAAGAGAUUCUUGAGCCAUCAGCUUCACCCACAUCUAUAAGGGGGAAAUCUCCAGAAGGGUUGCAGAAGCUAAAGCAGUUUUUCCAACGCAAGCCCGUGGAGGAGGAGCCUACCACAGAGGAGCCACAAGCCAACGGGGAGCUGGUCAGCUCUUCAGGGGGACCCAUCUACUACUAUGAGGAAGUGGAGGAGGAGGAGGAAGAGCCUGAGUUGCCACCUGAGCCGGAAAGACCAGUUAACGAUAAACCUCACAAAUUCAAGGAUCACUACUUCAAGAAACCUAAGUUUUGUGAUGUCUGUGCCCGCAUGAUUGUCCUCAACAACAAAUAUGGCUUGAAAUGCAAGAACUGCAAAACUCACAUCCAUCAUCACUGCCAAAGUUAUGUGGAAUUUCAGCGCUGUUUUGGCAAAAUACCUCCAGGUUUCCGCCGUGCUUACAGCUCUCCGUUGUACAGUGCCCAACAACUCUCAGGUGCUAACCGAAAUGAUCCUGUCUUCGAUACCCUACGGUCAGGUGUCAUCAUGGCAAACAAGGAGCGCAAGAAAGGGCAGGAUAACAAAAAAAAUCCUUUGGCUGCCAUGAUGGAAGAAGAAACAGAAGCCCCCAAACCAGAAAGUGACAAACCAGAGGGAGGAAAUCCAGAGGGACAGAAAGCAGAGAAGAAUACCCCGGAUGACAAGAGUAAGAAGCAGCAAACUGGAUUCCCACAGUCUCACUACUUUAUUGCACUUUAUCGCUUCAAAGCCUUGGAGAAGGAUGACUUGGAUUUCCAGUGAGGGAAGAAAAUUGGGGAGAUUGGAGAAAAAAUUGGAUACUUUCCACCCAACUUCAUUAUCCGAGUGCGUGCAGGAGAACGUGUGCAUAAGGUCAUGAGGUCCUUCGUGGGCAACAAAGAAAUCGGUCAGAUUACAUUAAAAAAGGAUCAGAUUGUGGUGCAGAAAGGAGAGGAGCUGAAUGGGUAUGUCAAAGUCUACACUGGCCGCAAAGUGGGGCUCUUUCCCGUUGACUUCUUGCAGGAGAUCUGAGGUCCAACCCUGGCAAUUCACAAGGGUUUCAUACCCAAGGCCAGAGUGUUUUUAAGUGUUCAUUGCCAGCUGCCAACGCCUCUCUGCAAGGAAGCUGCGUUCUGCAGGUCUGUGGUCCAAGAACUAAGACAUCACACGAAGAAGGCCUGUGUCAGUGAGCCAGGAUUCAAGGCAAGAAGCAUACCUAUCUGCCACCGGAGAGGACUCCGUGCUUCUCUUGAACUCUGCAAUUUGCUGCUGGCAGAUUCCAGAACAGGCUCAGCCGUUGUCCCUUUAUGAUCUUGCCAUGGAGGGAUGUGGCCAAAGCUGCUCUACUUCUUGUCUGCAAAGAAAGUAGCGAUUGGACAGAUUGAUUGACAGAACUGACAAAGAGUUACUGUUAGGUUGCACUAACAUGUGCAUGGAUUUACUUCAGGAUAUGACUGUCCCUUUGCUGGCAGAGGGGGAGCCUGGCUCCUAGUUUACUUGGAUGGCUUAGAUUCAAUUAUGUUUUGCCAAUAUCUGUUGCCCUUUUCUAUCCCUCAUUGGUCUAUCUGUGCUGAUAUAAAGCAGCAAGUUUCUGGAUUAAUAGAGGAGAAU